AGAUAACGUGCUCUGAGGACAUGCAGAAUUCUGAAAAGGUCGGGAGAGAAAGAACAGAUUGGAGGACUGACACAUAAGGAAGAGGAGAAGGAUGAAGUUAUGUAUCUUGCUGUUGCUAUUCAUCAUGGGGACACUUUCCUGUGAAGAUAUGAGUGAUAAAGUGUUCCUCUUCCCAGGGCCAAGUGCUACGGCACACGUGAUACUAAAGCCUGAGAUAAAAAAGUCAUUAAAAAACAUCACCAUCUGUCUUCGAUCCUAUACAGAGCUUACACGGGAAUACUGUCUCUUUUCUAUGGCAACGCCUGGUGUUGACAAUGCCUUCCUAAUUUUAACCAAAUCACCAAAUGUCAUAAUGUAUGCACUCCAGGAGGACAGAACAUUCAGGAUAGACCCAGAGGCCCUGGCCUGGAAGCACACCUGUGGAACUUGGGACUCCAACACUGGGGUAAUGCAACUCUGGGUCAAUGGGAAGCUCUACCCAAGAAAGGUUGCAAAGAAAGGGUCGAUUAUUGGUGAUGAAGCAAGUAUAAUUUUGGGACAGGACCAAGACACAUUUGGGGGAGGUUUUGAUGCUGGUCAGUCGUUUGUUGGUGAAAUAGGUGAUGUCCAUAUGUGGGAUUAUACUUUGACACCAGAUGAAAUAAAGGGAGUUAUGUCUGGGCAUGUCAAAGGAAAUCACAUUAACUGGAAUUCUCUUUACUAUGAUAUUAAAGGCAAUGUCCUGGUUCAGCCCAAGCUCUACUGUAAGUCUUGGGAGUGUGCCAGCUCAACAGUCAAAGAAUCCAUUGUAGGUUAGUAGUAGACAUGUGCAUUUGUUUUCGUCCGAAUUUUGGGGAUUUCCGCGUUCAUUUUAACAAACGAUA